CCCUAACCAAUAAACAAUAUAUAGAGCACAUGCACAUUUACACUCUAUCAGAUAUUAUUAGACCCAAUACAGCAGAGAUAGGAUCAACGUACCACCCUCUACAGUGAAGCAUAGUUAAGGCUGGCGAGCAUGGCUGCUGCAAAUAGUUUGGUUGGAAAAAAAAAUGCUCUUCUAAGCAAGCCAAAACACAUGGAACCAUCUCUCAUAGAAGCCGGGGCACGCCUUUUUGUCACUAGGUUCCUUGGACGUUACAUAUCUGCUGGAUGUUUAACUUUAUUGGAGGAAGAUGGCACAGUCUUGACCUUUGAAGGAGACAAGACAAAAUGUUCUCUGAAAGUAGUUCUUAAAGUUGAUAAUCCACAGUUUUACUGGAAGAUCAUGACUCGGGCUGAUUUAGGCCUUGCAGAUGCAUAUAUUGAUGGAGAUAUUUCUUUCGCCGAUGAAAAUGAAGGUCUUCUAAACUUGUUUCUGCUUCUUAUUGCCAGCAGAGAUUCAAAGUCCUCUAUCUCAAAAUUGGAUAAGAGAAGGGGUUGGUGGACACCAUUGAUAUUCACAGCUGCUAUAGGAUCUGCAAGCUAUUGUUUCAAGCAUCUUUUAAGGCAAAAUAGUCUAACACAAGCUCGCAGGAACAUCUCUCGUCAUUAUGAGCUGAGUAAUGAGCUUUUCGCUCUGUACUUGGACGAAACAAUGACAUACUCCACCGGCUUAUUUAAGAGGGAGGAUGAGGACUUGAAGGUUGCGCAGCUUAGAAAAAUGUCUUCUUUGAUUGAAAAGGCAAGAAUUGAUGAGAAGCAUGAAAUUCUUGAUAUUGGGUGUGGCUGGGGAAGCUUUGCUAUUGAAGUUGUCAAUCAAACUGGAUGCAAAUAUACUGGCAUCACUUUGUCUAAAGAGCAACUAAAACUUGCGGAACAGAAAGUGAAAGAUGCUGGCCUUCAGGACCGCAUUAAGCUUCUUCUCUGUGACUACCGCCAAUUGCCCAAUACCUACAAAUAUGACAGAAUUAUAUCCUGUGAGAUGAUUGAACAUGUUGGCCAUGAAUAUAUGGAAGAGUUUUUUCGUUGCUGUGACUCAUUAUUAGCAGAAGAUGGGCUUUUUGUUCUGCAGUUCAUAUCAAUCCCAGACCAACGUUACGACCAGCACAGGCGAAGUGCAGAUUUUAUGAAGGAAUAUAUAUUUCCUGGUGGAUGCCUACCUUCAUUAAACAGUGUAAUAUCAGCCAUGGCUAAUGCAUCCAGAUUCUGCGUGGAGCACGUGGAGAACAUAGGGAUUCAUUACUACCAAACACUCAGAUAUUGGAGAAAAAAUUUUAUGGACAACCGAAGAAAAAUCCUUGCUCUUGGAUUUGAUGAAAAGUUCAUGCGAACAUGGGAAUAUUACUUUGAUUAUUGUGCAUCUGGUUUUAAGUCACAUACACUUGGAGAUUAUCAGGUUGUAUUCUCACGCCCUGGCAACUUUACUGCAUUAAACAAACCAUACCGAAGUUUCCAUCAAGAGUGAUUAAGUUCCCGAAGGAGAGAUCAAUCCUUCAUAUUAAUGCUAGACCAACCUAUAUUUGGUUCAUUUUCAUGUAUUUGCUUUCGUUGGAAGACUUAAUUGCGUUGGUUGCUUCUUCAAAUGUUUAUUUAAUCAUGGAUCAAAUACCUAAAACUGGUUUGAGAGUGUUUAUUUAAUCAUGGAUCAAAUAGUUAAGAAUGAUUUGAAAUUGUACUCUAAGAAUGGUUUGAGAAUGUUUAUUUCAUCAUGGAUCAAAUAGUUAAGAAUGGUUUAAGAUUGUACUCAAAUUCUAUGGCAUCUUUCUUUACUUUA